AUGACAAAAAAAAAAAAAAAAUUUGAUCGAACGCUCAAGGGACGACUGAAAAAUAACAAUAUCAUACAAAAAAAAAUGGGUUCUGCUUACAUUAUUCUCGGAAAGAAAGUCUUGCCAUGGCAAUUAUCUGCUGCCACCAUCGGUGCCGUUGUUGCUAUCGCCGCUCCAAAGCCAUGGGGUAAAGUUGCAGCCACCCCAGCCAUUGACGCCAGCAGUCCAGAGGAAGAAAAAUUCGUCAAGGAAUACUUGAAGAAGAACGGUGUUGAAUUAUAA